CUUGCCACUGGGGGCUCGGUGGGCGGGAGGCUGGAGGUCGGCACUGCACCAUGGCCCGCGGGCGGUGGGCGAGUCGGAGGGAGCUCGCGAUGCCCGCGGGGCGCCCGGGUUGCAGCUCGCCCCAGCCACGCCUGCUCCGCGGCCGGGAGCCAGGUGGGCCCGCCCAGCGCUCCUCCUCCCGAAUCUGGCCCUGGAACGGGAGGAGCAAGGACGGGAGCUUUGGAAUCUUGAGCCGGAUCGGCCACCCCAAUACCCUUCCGUUCUUUUACCCAAAAGUGGAAAAAAAAAAUAAAUAAAAAAGAAAGAAAAGAAAAAGAAAGAAAGAAAAAAAAAGCGGAAAUCCAGAGAUGGAGUGACUUUCCCAAGGUCACAGACUUGUAUCUGCCCUUUACAAAUGUCUAUUCUUUUAUUUAGAUGUUUGUAAAUAGACUACUGUUUCCUCUGUUCUGCCAGGGAAUUAGGAUUCAGGGAAGAGGGCUCUAAAAAUACUAAUCAGCAGAUCCAAAUGAGCUGAUCCGUAUUACUGGCCGGUGACCCUGGCAUUUACAAGGAAAUAAACGAGAACGGUUCUUUUCACUCUGGGUACUUUGUAUUUCUGGCCCUUGCUCUGGAAAAGUGGCCUAGAUGUUUUACAAAAUUUAUCUCAGAACUCCCUUGUCAGAACUGGGCCGGAUUAGAAUUUUCAAUCCUCUUUUCUUCUCUCUUUCGUUUUCCUCUUUUAUUUAUUUAUUUUUUAAAUGGAGGCUCAAGAGGUGAAAGUGAUUUGCCCACACUUUUAUGCGUACUUAGGGGCACAGACAGAAUUGGAACUCAGGACUGUGAUUGAUACCUGCUGUUUUCUUGAAUAGAAAGCUGAUUUCAGAUGAAAGCUGUGCAGAACUUGACCUUGGAUGGCAUUAGCUCUGUGUCCGCAGGUGCUGUGCAGCCUGGGGGGCUGGCUCUCACUCUACAUCUCUUUCUGCCGCCUGAAUAAGCACCGAAGCUUUGAGUGGAGCUGCCGGCUGGUGACGUUCACCCAUGGAAUCCUCUCCAUAGGCCUCUCGGCUUAUAUUGGUUUCAUUGAUGGCCCCUGGCCUUUUACCCACCCAGGCUCACCCAAUACUCCUCUCCAAGUGCACGUUCUCUGUCUCACCUUGGGCUACUUCAUCUUCGACUUGGGCUGGUGCAUCUACUUCCAGUCCGAGGGGCCCCUGAUGCUGGCUCACCACACGCUCAGUAUCUUGGGCAUCAUCAUGGCCCUGGUGCUCGGGGAGUCAGGCACAGAGGUCAACGCGGUCCUCUUUGGAAGUGAGAUCACCAACCCCUUGUUGCAGAUGCGCUGGUUUCUCCGAGAAACAGGCCGCUACCACAGUUUCACUGGAGAUGUGGUGGACUUCCUCUUCGUGGCCCUCUUCACCGGAGUGAGGAUUGGUGUAGGAGCUCGCCUCCUUUUCUGCGAACUAGUCUCCCCCAAGCCCAGGUGGUUUGUGAAGGUUGGGGGAGUAGCGAUGUACGCUGUGUCUUGGUGUUUCAUGUUCAGCAUCUGGCGCUUCGCGUGGAGGAAGAGCAUCAAGAAAUACCAUGCCUGGAGAACCAGGCGGGGCGAGGAGCGACAGCUGAAGCAGAACGGCCAUCUCAAAACGCACUAGCCAUGACUUUGUCCAGACGGUGGGUUAGAGUUAGUCGGCUGCGGGACACAGGUCGGAGAUACGGCUGUCACAGAACCAUGCUUCCAGUGAAGUUAGGUUUCAAAAAAGGGCUAAACCUUAUCAGUCAGUUUGGUCAGUCUUCGAAUGGAGCCCAUACCAGUAUUAAAACAUGAAUUUCCACCAUAGCGUGGUUGCAGAAAAGCGAAACUACAUGGUGGUAAUUGUGAGUAUGUCACUGUGAGAUGAGCAAUGCUGCAUUCCUUUUAGUUCCUGGUGUCCCUGGGUCCUCUUGUCUCUGGGAUGCCUGAUGGCUAGACAGCUCAGGAGGGAAUUUGAGAAUUCCUUCGAGAAUUGACUCCUUGAGCAAACUCUUAUUCCUGCUUUCCAUGUAGCAAUUUUUUUUUAAGAUUUUACUUAUUUAUUUGGCAGAGACACAGCGAGAGAGGGAACACAAGCAGGGGGAGUGGGAGAGGGAGAAGCAGGCUUCCCACUGAGCAGGGAGCCCGAUGUGGGACUCGAUCCCAGGACCCCGGGAUCAUGACCUGAGCCAAAGGCAGACGCUUAAUGCCUGAGCCACCCAGGCGCCCCUCCAGGUAGCAAUUUUAAAUGAAGUCACCCCAUUUACUAUAAAGGGAGGGACUUUCAGGAAGAAAAUGUCUGACAUUCUGAGUAUCAGAUCAGGGAACUGGAUAUGUUUACACAAAGGGAAAGAGCAGAGAAAAGGAUGGGGUGAAACUGGCCGUGGUGGUGGGCCACUUCUUGAGGACCCCCUAUACCAACUGUUGAGGGUCCCCAAGACACCCCCAGGUUUAGUGCUUUGCUUGGAGGAUUCCCAUGACUCAGAAUGUAGUCAAGCUCCUAGCUGUGAUUAAUUACAGUGAAAGGGUACAAAGAGAGCAGCAAAGGGAAAAGGUGCCUAGGGCAGAGUCCAAGGGAAACCAGGCCCAAGCUUCCAGAGCCCUCUCCAAAAGUAGGAUCGCCCAGGAUGUGCUUAAUUGCUCUAACAACAGUUUGCGGCCAUAUGGGUAAAAUAUCCAACAAGGAAGCUCAUUAGAUGCUCAGUGCCCAAGUGUUUUAUUGGGGGCCAUGCCCGGCAUGGAGCAAAAUUCCUGACUCUCAGCAGGAAGGUAGGUGUUCAGCAUGCACCAUAUAGUUUGCACAAACAAUUUAGGCACAGUGGGCCAUUCUCAGCGGUUGGUGGAGGGGGUGCUCCUCCACCUCCUCCACCUCAACCUGGCAGUUCCCAGAUGCCAGCCAAGGGCCAGCCUUGCAGGUGGGCCUUCCCAAGGACAGGAGUUCAGGUCUGCCCUGUUAACUCUUUCCUGCAUGAAAACCAGAGAGCUAGGGCUUUGGAUGAGAGAUGAAUGAGAUGUGGACAGAUUUACCAAGUCCUGUUGUACGGGUUCUGCCCUACCAGGAAAACCAUGCCAGUUCUUAGGGCUUUUGUGCAUUAAUCUCCCAGGCAUGAGAGGCUGUGAGUGAAUUCCAUAGGGAUUUACCAUGUGGAUUCCACAGUGCUUGAGAUGGCAGUUCAAGUUUCAGCUCUGCUCUACAUACUGCAGACCAGAACCAAAGUCAAGUGUGCUGGCCGCAGGGUGAUGAGGCUUAUGUUUUAAAUUUCAUAUACAUUCCCUUUAGCUCUCUAAACUACCUUUUCUUUUUUUUCUUUUAAAGAUUAUUUAUCUAUUUAUUUGACAGAGAGAGGUAGAAAGGCAGGCAGAGAGAGAGGGCGUGGGGAG